UGGUGAAAGCGGAGCUGGGAAAACAGAAAGCACCAAACUGAUCCUGAAGUUCCUGUCGGCCAUGAGCCAGCAUUCCCUGGAGGUCUCAUCCCGGGACAGAACGUCACACGUGGAGGAGGCGCUGCUGGAGAGCAGUCCCAUCAUGGAGGCCUUCGGGAACGCUAAGACCGUCUACAACAACAACUCCAGCCGCUUCGGGAAGUUCGUCCAGCUUCAUUUCAGCCAGAAAGGAAACAUCCAGGGAGGCCGAAUCGUUGACUGUAUCCUUUAA